AUUUUGAGCUAAAACUUCACAUAUGUGCUCUGGGGACACCAAAUAUUUAUUUGACAUCUUAAAAAAAGUCUUGUGCCAUGGCCCCUUUAAUAAUUAGUUCCAGACAACUCGGAUUUCGGAUAUGUCCGACCUCAAUGCCUUCCAGGCAGUCACGCGUCACUGCACAUUAAGAUUUAAAUAGAUUAUUUGACUCUAUUACAAACGAGACUUUUUUAAAUUCAUUUCGUGCUGUAAAAACAAAACUUUUGUUUGUUUGUUUUUACAUUUUCACAUAAUGUAUCUAACUGGAAGCAUCUUGGGUGUGGGCCUGAGGUCGGGGUACAUCGAUCUGUACGAGUUCAGACAUCAAAUAUCCGACUUGAAUCUGACGUUUCAGCGUUUACUUCCGGGUUUGAGGUGGGGAAUAUCCGAAAUCCGAGUUGUGUGUAACGGAUAAUAAAGUGUGUCAAUAAUGUAUUGCUUGAAUUUAGUAAACUUGCAGAAGAGACUUUGCUUCACCUCACUAGAAGUAUCCUGUGCGUGACGUCAAAUGACGCGUCUACUACCUUCAAGUCGGGGUAAUCGAUAUAUGCACACGGUUCAUCAAAUGUCCGGCUUUGAACGAAUUUGAGGUGGGCAAAAUACAAAUUCCGACUUCUCUCGAUCGUAGCAAUGGUGCAGACAAAAGUUAUAAAGGCGUACUCGAACGGCUGCAAAACUAGUGUACAUUUCCUUUGGAUAACUCGUCGUCGGAUUUACCUAAAUAAGCGUUUUAGUAUUAAAGUUAAAAACGAACAUGUUUAAUGAACUUUAUAUGCAAAUUUACUAUAAUUUAAUUUAAUAUUCAGAGCUCUAUUCAUAUCAUCGAAACAUCGCGCUCCCUGUUUUGAGCGAGAUUGCAAGCUCUGCAAAUAUUUCCUCUGAAUCACAUGAUCGUGUUCCUCUGUUCUGCCUCGUGAACUGUCACAUCAAAACCAACAAGUCAUCAGUUUCCAGAUCGUUUCAUCUUAUCGCUGCAUUCAGACACCGAUAAAGCCAUGAAACUGAUUAUACUCAACGACUAUGACCAGGUCAGCGAAUGGGCUGCCAAAUACAUAAGAAACAGAAUUAGGAAAUUUAAUCCAGGACCUGACAGAUUCUUCACUUUAGGUCUUCCCACAGGAAGCACUCCGCUUGGAUGCUACAAGAAACUGAUCGAAUAUCACAAAAAAGGGGAAAUAUCCUUUCAGUAUGUGAAAACGUUUAAUAUGGAUGAGUAUGUAGGACUUCCUAGAGACCAUCCUGAAAGUUAUCAUUCAUUCAUGUGGAACAACUUCUUCAAACAUAUUGACAUCCGAGCGGAGAACACUCAUAUCUUGGACGGCAAUGCAUCCAGUCUAGAGCAAGAAUGUCAGGACUUUGAAGCCAAAAUCAAAGCUGCUGGAGGAAUUGAACUUUUUAUGGGCGGUAUUGGACCAGAUGGUCACAUUGCUUUCAAUGAGCCCGGUUCUAGUCUUGUGUCCCGAACACGUGUUAAGACAUUGGCUAUGGACACAAUCCUGGCUAAUGCACGUUUCUUUGAUGGAGAUCUCUUGAAAGUCCCCACCAUGGCACUCACGGUUGGUGUUGGCACAGUCAUGGAUGCUCGAGAGGUCAUGAUACUAAUCACAGGUGCUCAUAAAGCAUUUGCCCUUUAUAAAGCCAUAGAAGAGGGAGUGAAUCACAUGUGGACCGUGUCAGCCUUCCAGCAGCAUCCUCAGACUGUAUUUGUGUGUGAUGAAGAUGCCACACAUGAGCUGAAGGUUAAAACUGUGAAGUAUUUCGAAGGCAUGAUGCAUGUGCACAAUAAGUUGGUGGAGGAGCAAUAGUUUGACACUGAAGAAUCAACAUGGGUCUUUUAGUGAAGUUGAUUAGAUAUGUGGUUGUGCAUUUGAUCAAUUUUGUUCAUUUUUUUACCACUUUUGAUAAUUUUUUAAGUUGCAUUUUAUAUAAAACAAAAUCCAGUAUUUUUAAAAAUUAAACCUUGAAAUAUUUGAUAUAUUGAAUAACUGAUUUUAUAAUAUUAUACAAUUAUAAUAUAGUCCGUGGUAAUCCCAGUCCCUAAAAUGUGUCCAUGUACAUGGUAGACUUUCAAUAAAUAAAAUGUAAAAAUC